CUUGUAGACUUAUUAACAUAAAUAUACAUAUCAUUAUGUGUCUAUUGUCCCUGUAACAAAAAGAAUUGAAAGUGCUUAUAACGCCGCAGGAAUGAGGUCUACAGUCAAAGAAUUUCAUUCAUGGAGAUUCACUUCCUGGUCGCACCCAAACGGCGAAUAAAAGGGAAAGCGGUGUAUUGAUAACAUUUACUGGAGUAGACCCAGAGUUAAUAUUCCCUAGUGCUGAAGUUAAUAUUCGCUAAAGAACUGGGAGUAAAUAUUGCUGUGAAUGUUUUCCUAAAACAAAAGAAAGAAAAAAAGAGAAAAGAAUGGCAAGCCGAAUCUGUUUCGCAGUCUAUGUAAGCUUGCUUUUAAUACAACAGAGUCCAUCUAUCACAGGCAACAACGAUAUUAACAUACAAAAUGAUAAUCAAGAUACUUACAAUAACAAUGGAAACAUAAAUACAUUAAAAGACGCUAUUAACACAUCUACGAACUCUAGUCAUCUCUGGUCCUCGCAAGAUUCUUAUAAUAAUCCUGAGGUCAUUUUCCUGUCGGAAUGGGCCAGCAAAAAUCAGGAAGACGCUGACGAUAUAGACGAGUAUAUUGUAAUACCAAACAAACAAGUGAACAAGUUGGAAAUGAAAAGCACAGACCAUCUGACAAAAGAAAGCGAAACGCGAGUUAGUUCAAGUCAAGAAAUAACUAAUGGCGCUAGUCUAAAUACCGAAAAUUUUAAAGCUCCAGGAACGACAACAACGGUAUCGUCUGCUAUAAAUAAGCCAGUGGCGACACCCGCUCAGAUUUGGGCUAACAAUGACAAUAAUAUGGAGCCAGACGUCAUUUUCAUCGGCCCUACUCAAAAUCCGGACGAUGAUCUUCCAAUGGAAGUACCGCCAAAAGAUAUCGAGGUCGCAGCACAGUUAUUGAUGACGUCAAAUAAAGAAAUAGAUAUCGAAAAUGAGGAAGUUCCGUUUGCUGAAACUCAGCUAUCAAGUCCAAACGUGAGACAGAAAAGAGAAAUUUGUCCCGAAGAAGUAGGCAGCGGACAUUUUUACGUUCCAGCCUCAGUGAAGUUGACUCCAGUGCCUCCAAAGAUUACCGACAACCUCAUGAAAAACCUGCCAUUACAUAUUUCACAAUUUUUAAAUUCAAUUGUCGCAAGUAAAUAUCCAGUGACAACAAAAAUAAAGGCUGGAUUAAUUGACGACUUUUCUAUAUCCGGCGAAGGCGUCGUUACAAUGUACAUUUAUUUUGAAAACACAACACUAAGUGGAUGCAGCAGCCUCAUCGAGGUAGACGAUUUGAACAACACGUUAGCACAAGCACUGGUUGGACUGGGUAAAACCGGCCCUGUUUCAGUUGACGGAUCGUUCUACUCCUUCAGUAAUCCCAUGAUAGAAGGCAUUGGAGCAGUCUGUUUCUUGUGUGCCAACCAUCAAAAGUGUAAAGAAAGUGCCACUGGAGACUGGUUCUGUGAGUUUUUUAAUAACGGUAAGUCAUUCACAUAAAAAAUCAAUCUAACA